UCUUACACCAUGGGUGGAUUCUGCUUUCUCUACCUGCUCCUGAUCCUCUUGAUGAGAUCUGGUGAUGUUGAAACCAAUCCAGGUCCUAACACUGCAGAAAGUACUGUCAGUGAAAUGGAGUUCCUGAAGCUGGCCCAGGAUAUCGAUCCAUCUUACUACUACAAUGUAGGGAUAUCUCUAGGGUUCUCCCAUGCUCAGCUUAAGGCAAACCUGAUUGAGAAUUCGAAGAACUUCAAAGAUGCCUUUAUGGAUGUCUUUAUGAAAUGGAAUGUCAAGCAGCAACCUCCACACUCAAACAAACGACAGCUUUUGGCAGACAAACUACAAGAGAUUGACUUGGGUGGCCUAUCAGACGGAUUACUUGAUGGACCUCCAUUUCCAAAGAUCACAGGAGGGCCAUCAAGACCAUCAGAAUCACAGUCCAAACAACUUUCUCCUGAACUGGUUGAGCAGUGUGCAAAUGAUUUCAAGUUCAAUUACAGGUCAACUCUCUGUAAGAUCAGAGCUGAUCCUCUCAAGCCUUCUUCACUUGUGGGUUUUGAAAAACUACACACAAAUCUUGUAUUGGAAGAAGAGGAUGGAACUGGCAAGCAAAUAAUAGAUUACAACAAUUUUAUUGAUCUCAAAGUCAAUGGAGAGUUCCCCAAGCGGAUCUUGGUUCAGGGAGAGGCAGGGGCUGGAAAAACUACAUUUUGUGCUAAGAUUGCCUGGGACUGGAUUGAAGGGAGGCAUUUCAGUCACUUUGUGUGGGUCUUGAUCGUUCCUCUACGUAAAUUUAAGCAACACACUAUUGGCGAGAUUGCAAAGUCUUAUCUGGCCAAAAACAAUCCAGCAAAGGUUUCUCAGAUAACUGAGUAUAUCCGGUCAAAUCCUAACAAGGUAUUUAUCGCAUUAGAUGGGCUAGACGAAUUAAGUGGCAAAUUCAUGAAGACAAAAUCUUGCGAAUCACAACCUUCUUAUCAUAUGCAACCUCAGCCAUCACAGCAAAGUGUCACCCUCUCAGAGGCAUGUCGAAGCUCAUCUGAGACUGAUGACAUUGGACUUGAAGAUAUUCUUUGUUCAGAUCAACUUGCCUCUUGCCCAGUCUUGGUGACCACUCGCCCAUGGAGAGCAGUAGAGAUUAGAUCAGAUGGUGAUCUAAUGAAGCUCUACACAUUCAUUCAUGUUGAGGGUUUCAACAGAGAGAAUUUGUCAGUUUACAUUCACAAAUACUUUCCAAAGGAUGAGGAUAAAGCAAAUCGGCUUAUCCAGUUCAUCAGUGAGAAUGAUGUCAUAUCUGAAAACAUGGCCCACUUUCCUAUAUAUGUAGCCAUGUUGUGUCUUAUGUGGAAAGAACGUGACAAGCAAAAACUAAAGGAAAUGAAAUCAUUGAAAACCUUUUCUCAGAUUUUCAAAGAAAUGAUUGCCUUUCUAAAAGAACAUUAUGCUCAGAAAGAGGUGAAUAAAGUAGGCAGCUCGUCACUUAUUGCCUAUUUGAAAGAUAUUGAGGAGCUCCUUGGACCUAUUGCCAAACAGGCCCUCAAUGGUCUGCUAGAAAAUACAUUGGUUUUCGGUGAAGAUGAUUUCGAAGUAUGCCCAGAAUCCAAGGACACUGCUUGCAGGGUCGGGAUUUUGUCUCAGGAGGACAGAAUUACUGCUGACACGGAUACACAUGAGAGGAAUUCUCAUGUGCAAUUGCCAGUUUUCUUCCCUCACAAACUGUUUCAGGAGUACAUGGCUGGAGUCCAUCUUGCUUCCCUAUAUGAGUCAGAUCGUGAUGAAUUCAACAGGCUGAUUGAUCAAAUAGUGCUGCCAAAGGAGGAGGAGUUUAAGUAUCUCCUGUACUUCACUGUGUCACAGAACAAAAGUAUUGCAACCUAUGUAAUUAACUCUAUGCUUCAAGAACUAUCGGUAAAGGCUUCUAAGAUAGAGAUAGAUUUCAUUGUUGAUGUAGCUUUUGAGAGUCAGGACCCAGAUGUUGCAGCCUUGGUGAAGGACAGGGUUUCUUCAUUGAAUAUUGAGGUGGCCAUAUCCCCAUACACGACAGCACACACUGUAGCUGGUUAUGCUUUCAUUGGACCACAUGUGGUUGAACUCGGUAGAGAGAGAGAUUGUGGACCUACCAUGUCACUUGAUGUGGCAGACAUAAUAUCAUGCUCCAUGCCAUCCUUGAAGAAAGCUUCUCUAUCAGGUGCAUUCCAUCAGUGUUUUUUUGAAACACUUGCAAGGAAAGAAAGAGAAUCAAAGACUCUCGAGCUUGAUGAUCACCAGUGUCCCACACCAGCCACAUCACAUCACCUAGCAGAAGCACUGUGUUCUAUGCCAAACCUGACUGACCUGGAACUCAAGGGAGGGGAUCUCAAUGAGGAGUUCUUCUCUACAUUGAAAGCAAAGGCACCAUUCAUUCAGGUCCAGACUCUCGACCUGACUAAACACCAGUGUCCCACACCCGCCUCGUCACAUCACCUAUCAAAGGCACUGUGUUCUAUGCCACACUUGACUGACUUGACACUCGAUGGAGGGGAUUUACGUGAGGAGUUCUACUCUACAUGGAAAGAAAACGCACCAUCCAUGAAGGUCCAGACUCUCAAGCUGACUAAUCACCAGUGUCCCACACCAACCUCGUCACAACACCUAUCAGAGGCACUGUGUUCUAUGCCACACUUGACUGACUUGACACUCGAUGGAGGGGAUUUACGUGAGGAGUUCUACUCUACAUUGAAAGCAAAGGCAUCAUCCAUAAAGGUCCAGACUCUCGACCUGACUAAACACCAGUGUCCCACACCCGCCUCGUCACAUCACCUAUCAAAGGCACUGUGUUCUAUGCCACACUUGACUGACUUGACACUCGAUGGAGGGGAUUUACGUGAGGAGUUCUACUCUACAUGGAAAGCAAACGCACCAUCCAUGAAGGUCCAGACUCUCGACCUGACUAAUCACCAGUGUCCCACACCAACCUCGUCACAACACCUAUCAGAGGCACUGUGUUCUAUGCCACACUUGACUGACUUGACACUCGAUGGAGGAGAUUUACGUGAGGAGUUCUACUCUACAUUGAAAGCAAAGGCAUCAUCCAUGAAGGUCCAGACUCUCAAUCUGACUAAUCACGAGUGUCCCACACCAGCCUCGUCACAUCACCUAUCAGAGGCACUGUGUUCUAUGCCACACUUGACUGACUUGAGACUCGAUGGAGGGGAUUUACGUGAGGAGUUCUACUCUACAUUGAAAGCAAAGGCACCAUCCAUAAAGGUCCAGACUCUCAAGCUGACUAAUCACCAGUGUCCCACACCAGCCUCGUCACAACACCUAUCAGAGGCACUGUGUUCUAUGCCACACUUGACUGACUUGACACUCGAUGGAGGAGAUUUACGUGAGGAGUUCUACUCUACAUUGAAAGCAAAGGCAUCAUCCAAAAAGGUCCAGACUCUCAAGCUGACUAAUCACCAGUGUCCCACACCAACCUCGUCACAACACCUAUCAGAGGCACUGUGUUCUAUGCCACACUUGACUGACUUGAGACUCUAUAAAGGGGAUUUACGUGAGGAGUUCUACUCUACUUUGAAAGCAAAGGCAUCAUCCAUAAAGGUCCAGACUCUCAAGCUGACUAAUCACCAGUGUCCCACACCAACCUCGUCACAACACCUAUCAGAGGCACUGUGUUCUAUGCCACACUUGACUGACUUGAGACUCUAUAAAGGGGAUUUACGUGAGGAGUUCUACUCUACUUUGAAAGCAAAGGCAUCAUCCAUAAAGGUCCAGACUCUCGACCUGACUAAACACCAGUGUCCCACACCCGCCUCGUCACAUCACCUAUCAGAGGCACUGUGUUCUAUGCCACACUUGACUGACUUGACACUCGAUGGAGGGGAUUUACGUGAGGAGUUCUACUCUACAUGGAAAGCAAACGCAUCAUCCAUGAAGGUCCAGACUCUCGACCUGACUAAACACCAGUGUCCCACACCCGCCUCGUCACAUCACCUAUCAGAGGCACUGUGUUCUAUGCCACACUUGACUGACUUGAGACUCUAUGAAGGGGAUUUACGUGAGGAGUUCUACUCUACAUUGAAAGCAAAGGCAUCAUCCAUAAAGGUCGAGACCCUCAAGCUUGAGGAUCACAAGUGUCCCACACCAGCCUCGUCACAAAACCUAUCAGAGGCACUGUGUUCUAUGCCACACUCGACUGUCUUGACACUCGAUGGAGGGGAUUUACGUGAGGAGUUCUACUCUACAUGGAAAGCAAAGGCAUCAUCAAUAAAGGUAUUUGUGUACUAA